AUGACAGACAACAACCUCUUCGUCGUUAGCGACGUCCCCCCAAAAGGCAAAGGCCUCAUCGCGACCACCAAGAUCCCCAAAGGAACCCGCAUCAUCGCUGAACCCCUACUCAUCAAAGUCCCCCAAGUAGGCAUCGCUGAAACCAACGGACUUUGUGCCGGUCCAGAUGAAGAGGACGGUGCCGUAUUCCUAGCCACUUCACGCAUCAACCACUCUUGCAAGCCAAACGCGCAGAACCGGUGGAAUCAGGGUCUGGGAAAGAUCACCGUCCAUGCUGUUGAAGACAUCGAGCAGGGACAGGAAAUCACCAUCACCUACUUGGGCAACCCUGAAGUCUAUGAGGAGCGACAAAAGAAACUCAAGAACGCUUUCGGCUUUGACUGUUGCUGUCGUCUUUGCUCUUUGUCGCCUGCUGAGCGUGACCUCGACGACAAGCUCAUCAAGGAGAUCGACCACCUCCAAGAGGACCUCGAAAAUGAGGACUCGAUCCUGGAAUCCCCAAUCAGAUGUCUUGAUAGAAUUUACAAGGUCGUAUCUCAACUUGAAGCUCAGGGUGUCGGCACCUCACUUGUCCCAACGCUGUUCGCUUCCGCUAUGGGAGUGGCUGUAGCUCACUCAGACCUGGCAAGAGCCAAAGUCUUUGCCCAGCUGUCCCUCAAAGGCUGCACCAUCUCCGUGGAUCAAAAACCUCAAGGCGCUCACCGAGGACCCUUCCAGGCAUGA